AUGUACAAGGAGGAUCUCAGGAGCAUGACUGAAGAGAAUAUAACCGGCAAUGCAUCCUUCUCUGCCUUCCCUCACACCAGUACUGCAAGGGCCAUAUUGAUUACAGCCUACUCAGUCGCAUUUGCUGGAGGUGGGAUUGGAUCCGUCGCAAUGUCAUUUGUGCUAGUCAAGAUGAACACUCUGUCUGUGACCACUACAGCAAUUAUUAACCUGGUUGUGGUGCAUGGUCUUCUUCUCCUGACCGUGCCCUUCCGGUUGCACUACUACAUCAACAAAGAGUGGAUUUUUAAGAUGCCAUUUUGUAAAAUAGUGAGUGCAAUGGUGCAUAUCCACAUGCUCCUGACUUUCCUAUUCUACGUGAUCACGCUGGUGAUUCGGUGGCUUGUAUUCUUUCAAUGGAAGGAUAAGGUGGAGUUUUACAGGAAGCUGCAUGCUAUAGCAGCAAGUGCUACCGUGUGGGUUGUGGUCAUCAUCUUUUUGGUGCCUGUCUUCUGUGUUGAAUAUGGACGCUCAGGGACAUACAAUGAGAAAACAUGCUUUAAGUUCCACAAAGAGCUGCAACAGGAUAGUGUGAAAGGCCUGAACUAUACCAUAAUUGUGGCUAUAGCCUGCAUUACUUGUGUCCUCCUGGGUUUGCAGAUUUUCAUUCUGGUCAAGGUGGCGAGAAAAUUUUCCUUCUCCCUAUGGUCACAUCAAGAGUUCUUGGCUCAGGUGAAAAACCUAAUUUUCAUCUGUGUUAUCAUAAUUUGUUUCCUUCCCUAUCACCUCUUUAGGGUCUACUAUAUACAGCAUGUGAAUGACUAUAACCAGUUAGAAAGCUACAAUGAAAUAUUUUUGAGUCUGACCUCCCUCAGCUGUCUAGACUUGUUGUCAUUUGUGCUGAGCGGAAGCCGUCUCUUUAAGCAAAAGGUUGCUGUGCUAGCCAGCAGGUUGACUUGCUGUUAG